ACCAGCGCUGAGGCCGCGGCGGCGGCGGCCAUGGAGGGUGAGGGGGCGGCCAUGGAGGGGUCGCUGUCGCUGUCCCUGGACGAGGCGGCGCUGGAUCUGAUGGAGGCGCUGGAGCUGCUACAGGAGCGCCGGGAGCGGCUGGAGGAGCAUCUGCGGCAGGGCUGGCUGUCCCUGGCCCAGGCCCGGUACUCCCUGGGGUGUCACCGCGUCUCGUCCCUGCAAUACGGGGCCACCAUGGUGCCCCGGGUGCGUGUGAGACACAGGCAGGACCCAGAGGGACGCCCCCACUUUGAGGAGGUGCCCGGAACGGGGGGAGACGCCGAAGACUCUGAGCCCCAGCAGGACAGGGGUGACGGGCUGCGGCAGCGCCGGAGAGUCCCAGAGAAAGGGGGGGCCCCUGCCCAGCCCCCAGACCCCCUGGGCUGGUUCGGGGUGCUGGUGCCCCCCAGUCUGCGGCAGGCACAGGGCAGCUUCCAGAGGGGGGUUACUCUGGCCGUGGAGGUGGCCGAGCUCCAGGGCACCGUGGACGCCGCGGCCACGCGGUACCGGCACCUCCUGCGGCAGAAACGGCUCCUGGGCGGGGACAGAGGGGACAGAGAGACCCCCGGGGACAGCAGCGCCUCAGGAACCCCGGGGGACACUGAGACCCCCAGCAAGAUUGAGACCACGGGGAUUCCGGAUGAUGUCAAGACCCAAGGGGACACAGAGGAUGGCACAGUAACCGCUGGGGACACGGGGACUGUGUGACACGGACACUGAGAGCACCAGGGACGCUCUGCAGGUGACACAGAGCCCGCCCAGGUGACACAGCACCUGCCCACGGGUGACACUGAGCCCCCCAGGGACCCUGCAGGUGACACUGAGACCCACUCGCGGGUGACACGGCAGCCCCAAGGACCCUGUGGGUGACACUGAGCUCCGCCAGUGGGUGGUGGUGCUGUCAUGUCCCAUGUGACAGGGCCACCCCAGGGCCCCCUGUGUCUGCCCCAAUAAAGCUGUCGUGGUUCCACCAGCACUGUGUCCCCUC